AUGAACUGUUCUCAACCGUCUUCUCCCAUAAGAAAGAUAUUGACUGCCACUACAAACAGAUACUUUCAAAAUGAAGAGUUGUGCCAUCAUUCAUCUUUUUUCCACCAGAUGUUCUCGCCCACUUCAAAUAGCGGAGCCUAUCGCCCCGCAUCUUUAACACAUAACGACUUGAGGCCAAUCCACGGGCUAGGAUUUUUGCUCCAACAUUUGAACGACUUGAUAUUUUUGAAUAGUAUUACAUCACCAGAUAGCAAGAAGAGAACUAUUGCUGAGAACGAGGAUGAUAUUAACACUCCAAAGGCUCGUAUUGGUGGUUUUUGCGAUCGGGUCACCUCCUACACAAACGUUGAUCUGCAAAGAUCGACAUUGUUGAACACUAGUCUUUGCAGUAUCCAAGCACCAACAACAACGUUAUCUACUUCAAACGGACAGCAUUCGGGCGGUACAACAGCUAAUGACCCACUCCAAAGCUCGUCUGAAAUAUUUGUUGGGUCUAAGCCAGCAUCCAAGGUAUUAUUCCCCAAUACCGAUUAUAAUAAUAGCACCAGCGUUGUACCAUCUGCAACCGUUGAAGUUGUUGCAUCUUGUAUCUCAGCCCCGGUUUCUCCAAAAACCAAAAUCAAAAAAAUUGUUACCCCAUCAUAUUUAUCUCCAACGGAUUAUCCUCUUAUUCUAGAUGAUUUCAAAUUACCCAGUACCCCAACUUUAUCUUUGGAAAAAUUCUUGGAAAGAAUUCACAAUAUUGUCAAUAUCGACAUAGAAUGUUAUAUUGCUGCUUCUAUUUACCUUAGAAGAUUGUUCUUUAACCCUGACUUAUUACCAGAUAUUAGUGAUGGCUGCAACUCUUUGAAACAUAUCAGCAAUUUCAUUGCCAACCAGUCUGUGAAACUUGAUGAAAUAAAUGUGUUCAAGCUUGUUUCCUCCGCUAUCAGAGUUGCCGAAAAAUUGUUGCAGGACAACCAUUCGUCAGAAACGCAAUUCUGGGAAGCAGCUGGGUGGAACAGCACCAAUCCCGCCAACCACAGACUUGAAGUCAACCUUAUGAAAUUAUUAAGAUAUGAGUUAUUCUUCGAUUAUAAGGACUUAGACUGUCAAUUGAAUGAUAUCAGAAAAAUUCGUUGGGAAGUGGAAAAAUUGAAGAAUUCACAGAGGGUAGAAACAGGGACUUCACCCAAAAAUGCUCCAGUGACCUUUAUAUCACAGAAUCAUCUUAAACAGACUCCACAAAUUUAUUCCACAGACAAUUUCCGUUACAAACUUCCACCUUUACAAUCUCAACAGUCACAUUCUUUUCCAAAAUUCGAAAUUGAUUUGCCAUUAUAUCCCCAAACUCGUUGUUUUUCCCAACCCCAUUCUCAAUUGAAGAUCCAAUCUCGGUGCUUAUCUCAGUCUGCUCAGGGCCGUCCUUCAUCGCAGCCAAAAAUUUGUGGUAUCUCGAGACCCCAAACUCACUCUGGAGAAGCAGAAACCUAUCAUUAUCAUAGGCACCUGCCGUAUCCUCGUCAGAGGGAAAAAACUCCAUGUGGGUCAUUAUCACAAGAACGUCCCCAAGUUUUUGUAUCGCGCGAAGCUUCUCCUGAAUCUCAACUUCAAUCGGAACAUUCACCACUUCAACUAUCAUUAGACCAAAAUGAUGAAACUUGUGACGACAAGCCGCGUUGCAAGAAGUAUCAUAAAUACCAAUUUAAUCCGUUGGUGUCCCAGAAUUUCCCACCCAAAUUAAGUUGA